CGUGUUCUCCCAUCUGUGAUGUUGUAACGGAGUUGGCGGGUGCUUACAACACGGGGGGGAGGUGAUGACCCAGGAGGAUGGAAGACUGUGACCUACUCUUCAAGAUCGUUCUCAUCGGUAAUGCGGGGGUCGGCAAGACCUGCCUCGUGCGGAGGUUCACGCAGGGGCUCUUCCCGCCCGGUCAGGGAGCCACCAUCGGUGUGGACUUCAUGAUCAAGACCGUGGAGGUGGACGGAACCAAGAUCAAGCUGCAGAUCUGGGACACGGCCGGGCAGGAGCGGUUCCGCUCCAUCACGCAGAGCUACUACCGCAGCGCACACGCGCUGGUGCUCACGUACGACGUGAGCAGCGAGGAGACGUUCGCCUGCCUUCCCGCGUGGCUGCGUGAGAUGGAGCAGCACGCCAGCGCCCACGUGCCCCGCGUGCUCGUCGGAAACAAGCUGGACCUUGCCGACGUGCGGCAAGUGACCCGUGAGCAGGCCGAGGCCUUCGCCCGCCUGCACGGCCUGCGCUACCUCGAGACGUCGGCCAAGGAGGCGGAGAACGUCGAGCGCCUCUUCGUGGAGCUGGCGCGACGGCUGGCGCUGGACGCGAGACAGCCCGCCCUGGGCGACGCCCCAGGCCCUCCGCGCUCCCACUCGUGCGGUCCUGGAGGCCUCCCCGGCGACGGGAAACCCGUCAGCUACUUCACCUCCUGCUGCAACCUCUGAGGGGGGGGACGGGAGCCGCACUGCUCCCGGCUCCCGGCUUCAUGGUCACGGGGAAAGGCUGACCCCGCGUGGUUCGUUGAGCGAGCCGCUGAGCUGGGUUCGCGUCCAGUGGAGGGUAGGGCAGGGACUAGCGCGGGGCCCGUAGAGCGAGCGACGUUUGGCCACCCCCUAUACCCCCCCCCCACCCCCCCACCAUCAUUUCUGGUUGUGCAACAAGGCUCGCACGGAAUUGUGGGUACAUCGCCACUGCACACCAUUGUCGGUGUAUAAACCACAUUGCAGCGCAGCAAAGAAGAAAUACCCGAAACGAUGUCGUGUUAUUUAAAUAAAUUGUGUUCUUUAAUUAAGAGCUUUCGCCAGGGGAGAUCUGGGUAAGAGAAUAUAAGAGUACAAUAUUUGGGCGACAUGGGAUAUUGUAUGUAAUACAUAAUUGUUAAAACAUGGAUACAAAAAAUGAAAUUCAAUUUGUCCAACAUUUAACCACCCCGUUUAUAAAAAGAUAAGUAUGUAAUUUAAGAAUUCAUGUUGGACAUCUGUGUCCAACAAACGGGACUGCGCCGCAUUAGCGUCGUCAUCAAGGUCUGUGCCGGCUCCAUAAUGAUCACAUUUGGCAAAACGUUCGUCGCUGUUUGGCCUUCUCAGUGAACAAGAAGCCAGGUCGAAUGCAGAUGCCAGCUGGAACAUCAUGGCCAGAAGUUCUGAACCGCCGCCGCUGCUGCCGCUGGUGGUGGUGGCGGCAGUGGCGGCAACGGUGUUGGUGUUUGAAGGUGGUGGGUGGCCCUACUCGUGGAAACAUCUGCAACCGAUGACCCUCCCACCACAUCGACCGCUUCCCCGAGACCCCAGGCGGAAAAACUAAACAACGGGACGAUGUUCGCUCACUCCUUGGCAUCAUCGCGCGUACAGGACGGGAGUCGUCGUGGGAUGCGCCAAAAACACCGAGGCGCGCUACGCCAAGCUCCCAUGCGUAAACUCUUCUCCCCGGAAAGGACAUUUUGCUUGCGAUAAGAGAUUUACAACGAACGGUUACACAAAAAAAUGAAAAUGUAUUUGCAACAUUGGUGUGUUUGUGGGGUGUUGGUAUUUGAGUGCCUGUCCCAAGAAUGAUAAAGACCCUCCACUUUGCUUCAUUAGCUACCGAGGCAAGUGCCUAUAAAAGCCGGUAAGACGGACGAACGUGCGAUGCUCGCCAGAUAGCAACCCACUCUUAGGCCCCCUUUGUCUCUGCAGUGCGCAAAGUUUGUCUUGGCAGUCGGAAGCUAACGGAGGGAUCUUCGUCUUUUUGUCCUGAAAGUGAGGUGUUUUUGUUUUUUGGUCGUGUUUCUUGUAGAAAGUGGGAGGUGGACGCGUGGUGACAUCAUCGCGGUCUAAACCUUGAAGUCUUCACCCCUCCCUCGGAAGGGCAGAAUGAGGUUUUUGGAGUUCCAAUAGAGCAGUGAAGUUUAUCAAGUGACGUCCAGUUAUUGUAUUAUUAAAAACACGAAUCCCAAUUCCGAAAGUGCCAAAACUUAUUCUGAGAAGGUUGGCUGGAAGUCGGUAGGCAGCGCUUUGUGUGGAAAUUUUUUACUUUUGCCGAUUUUCUCCGAAUGACAAAAUAAAAGGACCACAGGUUGAGAUGUCUCUGGGGCUCAAGCAUGCGAUGGUGUACGAUGUGAGAUGUGUUUAGUCACCAGCCAAACGUGGGAACCUAAAACGCUGCUCAAAAAUGUUUUCGGAUUGAAACACUGAAAUAAAGAGAUACGCACAGGACCCGAUGUAUCACGCGCGCGUACUCAGCGUGGUAACGUGAAACGUGAAUGUGCCUAUUCAAUGAAAUGGAUAGCACAAGUGUAUUGAGUCGUCUUAUAGGCCAGGAAGUUUGUACCACCUGAAUUGCCAAAACGCCUGUGCUAACGAGUUAUUUAUAUGGCCAAGGGAGCGUCGGUCGCAAUGCUGUUGGCGGUUGUCGUCCGUUUCGCCGCAAUGGAUGGAUGAGUCUUGUCUUGAUAGCCGUUGCGAGUUGUGUGCUAUUCGCUCAAUAUCUUGUCGUUCAGCGACUCGCAGAUGACACCGGCCAUAAUCGGUAGCUUCACUAAAGUUUUAUCACCGAAAGUGGUACUGGCAAAAUUUAAUUAUCCGAUCUGAGCCGAUAGACUAGAAUGUGUGGUUUACAAAAAAAUGUGUAGUCAACAUCUCAUAAAUUUUUGACUGCUCUUUUGUUUAUAAAAGCUGGGAUAUUAAUAGAAGUGUUUUUAUUAUUGUUAUAAUUAAAUGUGAAUACUGUAGGUAAUUUAACAAACAGGAUAUAGUUAAGUUAUUGACCAAGUCUGAAACUGAAUAGCGUGUUUUGUUUUCUAAAAACAGGUGUAAAUAUAUUUUAUUAGACGUAAAUGCAUUUGUUUUGUUCGUGAUUAGCCUGCGUUAACAUUUCGGUUAAGACAACAAAAGAGAUUAAAUGAAGAUGCUUUGAUUUGAGAUGCUGCCAAUGUGAACAUUUGUCGAUGUAACUGUCAGUUUUGUUCUCGAUGUUUGUUGUCAGCUACUGAACUUGAACUUGCAGUAUGUUUCACACACAAACAGACCAACAUCCCGGAUUCUUGGUGCAAGGAUGCCGUUUGCGAGCACCUAUUAAGGCCGGCUCACAGCACGCAUGUUAGAAUCGGUGGUGGGGCAGGCAACACGCAAGUCAGGGCCACCUUUGUCUCCCCCCUGAUCAUGUGUGCGACGUCACGGCCAAUAUAGGUUAAUCGGUUUAGGCCGAGUUGACUUAGGGAUUGACAUCAGAUAUCAAUUGCUGCCUCGUGUGAUGUUCAUCAUAGCCUGGAAUUGAACUUAGGCUGACGUAAUCAUUGACCGCUAUUGCACUCAUCACACACGCGCACAGGCACAACGGGGGCACCGAUGUAUUUGGUACUAAUAAAUGUUUUGCGAUACAAAAUG